AGAUGGCAGUUGAUGGAGUAUAUACAGAAACCAUUCCCUUCCUCACACCUCAGCGCACAACGUGUACGACAACCCCGUGCUGGCACAACCGCUUUGUUUUACGCAAUGCAGACAGUUUUCUGUCCGGCUGCAGGCAGUACUAUGUUAUCAGACGCAGUCGUGGAUGACUGACAAGGCGCAGAACAGCCCCAUCCCAUUCUGCCAUUGUGUAGAUGAUCAAUCUGCAUUGAUUCCCAUGCCACCCUUUGUUGUCUGAUCAAAAACAUUUACAAGCCAUACGUUCGUCUUGGCGUUAUUCUGCAUCUUCCGUCUUGAACCACUGACGUCUCCGCAUGCACGAUGUCUGCCCCGGGCGUGUAUAAUCUUGACCACUUCAGGGCCAAGGUUGAAGCAGUUUGUAAGAUAGCCCGAGACGACGGCAUGACAGCCACCGGAAUAAAUCAAUGCUUGGACCAGUCGCUCGGCGCGCCAGAUGCCGCAGCCAAUGAUGAGCCAAUUGCUGUCUUCACUCGCUGGAUGUGGUGUAACGUGACCGCUCCACGACUCUGUCUGUUCUCGGUGGUCAGUGCUCUGUUUCUGGCGGUCAGCCCAACUGGACACAGUGUUCUGGGAUUAUUGUUACCCCAGGAUAUGAUCGCUAAUGGAAUGGUUGCAGUCUUAAAAUUCGCUCGACUUUCAUCAGUUCCGUUCCAUGGGAUGAUUGACUUUUCAAACUACUACAGCAGCGAAUGUUUCGUGAACAACCCGUUGUACGUUGUGCCGGGCCCGGAGUGUAACACGUGCAAGAACCACAAGUCUGUCAAGGAACUGAAGGUCAAGAUGAAGACAUUGAAGCUCCACCUGAUGUCGUAUCCCCUAAUACACAGAGGUCUGCAGACACCUGUGCAUCUGGAGGAUGUUGAAGCUGUUAUUAGGAAAGAGAAGGAUCACCUUGUACAGCAUCCCAUCGACUGCACGGCGGGGUGGGCUGUGCAGGCAAGUGACCUGGCACGGGAGAAUUUGCUGGGGCAGAUCGAAGCCGAGAAGAACUUCUCUUGUGUAUGGAACAGCAAGGAGAAGAUGUUUCUAGGUCAGCUGAUGAGGCGCCUGUUUCCCCGGCCGUCCAUCAUCCCACCCGAGACGGAGAUCGCCCUUCAGAAAUACCUCUAUAUAGACGGUGUCGGGGGAAAGCAGAGGACUUUGCCUCCCAGUUCCCAGGGUGGCUACAGCUGGUACGCCCAGGGGCAGGGGACGCGGAAGGUGGUGUUCAACUCUCCCGAGGCGUGUGUCGACACCUGCAACACGUUUCAAAUUACCUUGAAGGAGGGAGAUAUAUUGACAUUCCCCAGUUGGAUUUGGACAGUUAAUGUUGAAGAAAAUGGCGAAGAAAUAAGUGUCGGAUUUCUUGGACAUAUCCUUCCCUGAUAAUCUUUUGGGUCUUUCUCAUCUGUCGGCCUCCCGACCUGCCGGUCUCCCGAAUCUGUCGGCCUCCGAUCUGUCAGCCUCCGAUCUGUCGGUCUCCGAUCUGCCGGUCUCCCGAAUCUGUCGGUCUCCGAUCUGUCAGCCUCCGAUCUGUCGGUCUCCGAUCUGCCGGUCUCCCGAAUCUGUCGGCCUCCCGAUCUGCCGGUCUCCCGAAUCUGUCGGCCUCCCGAUCUGCCGGUCUCCCGAAUCUGUCGGUCUCCCGAUCUGUCCGUCGCCAUAACCUAUUGACCUACCGAUCUGUCUUGGCCCCUAAUCUUUCGACCUCCGGAUCUGACGGUCGACCUAACCUAUCGGCCUCCAGAUCUGUCCGUCGCCAUAACCUAUUGACAUCCCGAUCUGUCUUGGCCCCUAAUCUAUUGACCUCCGGAUCUCACGGUCUCCCUGCCUUCCAUUUUGUCGGUCGCCCUAACCUAUUGGUCUCCCAAUCUGUCGGUCAACCUAAUCUGUCGGCCACCCGAUAAGUGGGAGUUAAUGUCUUCUCUCCUCUGACAUAUCUAUCUACCCACUGUUAGGGGCGGUCGGGUAGCCUAGUGGUUAAAGCGUUCGCUCGUCACGCCGAAGACCCGGGUUCGAUUCCCGACAUGGGUACAAUGUGUGAAGCCCAUUUCUGGUGUCCCCCGCCGUGAUAUUGCUGGAAUAUUGCUAAAAGCGGCGUAAAAACGAUAUACAUACCCACUGUUAACGUGGAUAUUCUCGUGCUAACGUCUUCACUCAUACGUGCAUUAUUACAAUGCUGUAUUGCUGUCUGUUCUCUUUCGGAUUCCAUCUGUCUUCGACAUUUCUGAUAAAGUAAUUGACAAUAAAGACAUUUCCUUGAA